AUGGGCAGUCUAGCUGAUCGGGGCCAGGUCUGCUGCGAUCCUACUACUCCUGUCGCCAUUGUGGGCAUGGGGCUCAGAGGUCCCGGCGAAGCAAACAACCUAGCCGGGUUUUUCAAGUUGCUUUCUGAGGCGCAAGAGACGCGAACGGCGGGUCAGAACGGCCGAUGGAACCACGAUGCCUUCUACCAUCCUGACGCAGCUCGCAAGGGAUCAAGCAACGUCAAGGCUGGGCAUUACAUCAUAGACGACUUGUCCCUAUUCGACGCAUCAUUGUUUCGAAUGACGGAGAGCGAAGCGGCGGCAGAUUACACGGAUCUGCUUCAACGAGAUCCGGAUUCCAUGCCGUACUACCAAGCCACCAGCAGCGGCUACUCGCGCGCAAUCAUAUCGAAUCGGCUUUCCCACUUCUUCGACCUGCGUGGCCCAAGUGUGACAGUCGACACCGCCUGUUACGGUGGCCUUGCUGCUCUACACCUUGCGUGCCAGUCUAUCAGAUCGGGGGAGACCACGCAAGCCAUCUUCGGAGGGUCGAGUCUCAUCCUCCAUCCUCACCAGUUUGACUCUUUGAGUGCUAUGCGCCCAGACGGACGCAGUUACUCUUUCGAUGAUCGAGCCGAGGGGUAUGCGCGGGGCGAAGGCGACGGCGGAACUCCAGGCAUUAGUUUCCCGAGCAGAAAUGCCCAGGUAUCCCUGAUCAAGGAGACGUAUGCCCGAGCCGGCCUGGAUCCCAAAGACACUAGCUACGUCGAGGCCCACGGUACCGGAACGGGAGCCGGUGACCCGAUCGAAACAUCAGCAAUCGCAGAAGCCAUGACACAAUCACGCGAUCUUGAUGCCGAGCCCUUGUGGAUAGGCUCUGUCAAAGCCAACAUCGGACACCUAAAAGCUGCGAGCGGGAUCGCUUCGGUGGUGAAGUGCGUUCUUAUGCUGGAGAACAAGGUCAUCUUCCCGAAUCGCAAUCUGGCCAAUGUGAACCCCCGUGUUGAUCUCGAAGGAUGGCGGUUGAAGAUUCCUAUCUCAUUCCAGCCCUGGACGAUCAAGGCGGGGGGGGUUCACCGCGUAUCUGUCAACAGUUUCGGGUUCGGCGGAACCAACGUGCACGCUAUCCUUGAGAGGGCGGAGGAGUUUCUCGCCAACAGCCAUGAUGGAGCUAUCGGGGACAAGCAUAUAUCAUCUAUGGGCUCUCGAUGUAGCAUUUCGCACGGGUUAGCCCACGAAGGCAACGGCCUCCAACGGGCUCUCCCGACGGCUCUCCAGCCUGGCGGUGCCGACUUACAUUGA